AAUUUAGGGGACGGCUGCUGCUGAAAGAAAGGACGGGGAUUGGCUGGUAGGAACGCCUGUUGUGCGGCGUUUGUCGCCGAAGGUGUCCGGCGCCGGCUGGUGUGAACUCUUAGUUCAGUCUGAGUCAACCCUUUGCUUUUGGUUCGUGUGUUUCUUCCCUUUUUCUCGCUCGCCUUGUUGCGGCUCCUAAUCUGGUGUGAGCAGGACCAUGGCGGAUCAGGGCAACAGGGGCCCGUUAAUAAGUGAAAUCAGACAGCGUUUUGAGACAGAAUAUUUAUCAGCAAAAAGAGAUAAAUAUGAUUCCAGGGAUAUAGAAAGAUUGCAUCAAGAUGAUACCUGGGUUGAUAAUUUCUUAAUAUGGCGAGAUGAUAUUGUGGAUGAUACACUGAAGAUGAUUGAUGAAAGCUUUCAGUGGAGGAAAGAGUAUGCAGUUCAUGAUUUGACUGAAUCUUCUUUUCCAAAAUUGAUGCUUGGUGUUGGUGCUAUUUAUCUACAUGGUUACGAUAAGGAGGGCUCUAAAAUAUUUUGGUUCCGAGUGAAAUUACAUACAAAAGAUUCUAAAACACAAUUUGAAAAAAAGAAACUAGUAGCCUUUUGGUUAGAGCGCUAUGCAAAAAGAGAAAAUGGAAAGCCAUUGACAGUGGUGUUCGACAUGGCUGACACUGGACUGAGUAAUAUCGACUUCGACUUUGUUCGGUAUAUCAUUAGCUGUUUUAAAGUAUAUUAUCCUAAUUUUCUCACAAAAAUUGUGAUUUUUGAAUUGCCUUGGGUAAUGAAUGCUGCUUUUAAAAUUGUAAAAAAUUGGCUGGGUCCAGAAGCAGCCACCUUGUUGAAGUUGACCAAUAAGAAUGAAAUCCAGGAAUACAUAACUGCUGAAUACCUACCCCCCUAUAUGGGUGGGACUGAUGCUUUCAAAUACAGUUAUCCACCAUUAGUUGAUGAUGAUUUUCAAACUCCAUUAUGUGAAAACGGACCCAUUACUAGUGAAGAUGAUGCUGAAUGCAAAGAAGUAGACACCGAUAACAAAGACAACACAGAUACUACUGAAGGACAAGCACUCAAUUCGAAAAAGGCAAAUACUUCAGAACAAACUCCAAAAUCAGAAGAGUGUGACAAAUUAGAUUCUAAAACAAAAAAUGCCAAGAAAGCACUUACCACUUUUAAAGGAUCUUUAUUGCAUAUCAGUCCAGCAGAGGAAUUGCAUUUUGGGUCCAAAGAAACCGCAGAGAAGAAAUGUUUGAUAGUUCUGACAAAUGUUACUAAAAAUGCAGUGGCAUUUAAGGUGAGAACAACUGCUCCUGACAAGUACAGAGUAAAGCCAAGUAACAGCAGUUGUGAACCUGGUACUUCAGUAGAUAUUGUUGUAUCUCUUCAUGGUGGUUGUGCAGCUUCUUUGCAAGACCGUUUUCUAAUUUUGGCAGCAGAAAUGGAACAGUGCUCUGGAAUAGGAGCACAGGAACUAUCUCAAUUUUGGAAGGAAAUUCCUAGAAACAAAGUGAUGGAGCAUAGGUUAAAAUGCCAUGUUGUAGAAAGUAGCAAGCCUUCUUCUUUAACCAUAAAUGAAAAUGCCUUUAACAGUCCUUCAAAAACCAAUGAAGAUUUACACUUUCAGUUAAAGCAACUACUACAAGCUAAUAAAAGACUUCAAGGACAGAUUGAUCGUUGUGUCUGGUUCCAACAACUUACACUUUUCCUAGUCUUUAUCCUAGUCACUAUUGUUUGCUUCUUUUUGUUGUGUGCUCCAGGAAGCUAAAUAUAAUGUCACAUCUAUGCAAUUGUGCUGUAAAAAAAGCAAAGAACCAGUAUUACACGAUUGGCCCUGCUUAUUGGCCAAAAGUGAGAUCUAUUUAGAUUUUCUUACAAAAUAAAAAAGGAAUAAUGUGAUCUUUGCCUUUAAUCAGCAAAUAUGAUUUUGUUAAUUUAUUAAUGUUAAAAACGAGGUAAGAGUCUUUCCACUGGACACCAUACUAACAAAGUGAAAAUACAAUUUUCUCUUUAUAUCUGUCAUGCUUAAUUUUGUGCAUGAAAUGUAACAUUUCCUUUGAAAUGUAAUUGGGGAAUAGCAGACUAGAAUUUCAUUUACCAUAAUGUCCCGGUGUCAAGUACCAUCAUGGCCCAUGAACAGUUUAAAACUGUUAAAAUGAAGAACUCAUUCCUAAUUCUUAUUCAUAUCUUCCAAAAAUAUUACAACUAGUUUACACUCAACUAUUUGCAGUCAAUAUAGCUCUAUUACCCAGAAGUAGCUACCAUAGUUCCAAAGAUAUUCUUAUAAGACUCUUGUAACUUGUUUCACGUAGAAAGGUGCUAUAUACAGUACUAUGAUUUCAGUAUCCUUUUUAGUGAAAAUAUGUCUGCAAAAUAACAGUCACACAUUGAUCUCAAUAUAUCCUAAAUACAUUUUUAGUAAUCUUGGGAUAACUGGUAGAAUAUCAUAAAUUAUGAUUCCUACAGUUUGGAAUGAAAGAUUUUAUA